AUAACCGUGCUGCCGUGAAAUAGAUCACAGCAGCGGGGUAUAAAUCAUGCCAGUGCCGUACGGAGUAGUGUGAAUGAAAAUGUUCUCACACUUCGAUUGUAUGCGUUCGUAUAGUAAUUGACAUUCAUCAUGGAUUAUUAAACUGAUUUUUCUAAAGUUUUGGAGAGCAGAUAACAACCGUUGAAAACAUGGCCAAGGACGAGGGUGACGAUCUUUUGCCAGACAAGGACGCGGCAAAGGGAUUCUACGCGAAAUACGAACCCAAAGAAAUUUUGGGAAGGGGGAUUUCAUCUACCGUAAGGAGGUGCAUAGAAAAAGAAACUGGAAUACAGUAUGCUGCCAAAAUUAUUGACAUUAGCAACGAGCCUCACGAUGGUGCAGAGGGACAUACGAUGAAAGAUGCAACUAUCCAAGAGGUACACAUCCUUCGCAAGGUGGCAGGUCAUUCAUAUAUAAUUGAACUACACGAUGUUUUUGAAUCAAAUACGUUCAUUUUUCUGAUCUUUGAGCUCUGCAAAAAUGGAGAACUCUUUGAUUACUUGACAUCGGUUGUUACACUUUCUGAAAAAAAAACAAGGUACAUUAUGAGGCAGGUGCUAGAGGGUGUACAGCACAUCCACAAUCAGGGCAUAGUGCACAGGGAUUUAAAACCCGAGAACAUUUUACUCGACGAUAACUUGAAUGUUAAGAUAACCGACUUUGGAUUUGCAAGGAGCUUGAACCCUGGAGAAAAACUAUAUGAUCUGUGCGGUACGCCAGGAUACCUUGCUCCAGAAGUUUUGAAAUGCAACAUGUUCGAAAAUGCCGAGGGUUACGAGUACGAAGUCGACAUUUGGGCUUGCGGAGUAAUCAUGUUCACAUUGCUUGUUGGUUGCCCACCAUUUUGGCAUAGAAAGCAGAUGAUCAUGCUCAGGAAUAUCAUGGAAGGGAAAUACUCAUUUACAUCUCCUGAAUGGGCUGAUAUAACAGAAGCUCCAAAAGAUCUGAUACGAAAGCUGCUUGUUGUGGAUCCAAAGAAAAGGAUUUCCAUCAAAGGAGCAUUGGAGCACUCGUUCUUCCAAACAGUGUUAUGGGAUCAAGACAUCGCACCUUUAAAACGGUCUCUAUCCUCUAAUUCCCGACGUCUUAGUCGGAUAUCCCAGUUAGCUGUGGAAUUGAAGGCAAAAUCGUUCAACGCGCGGAAGCGUUUUCAACUAGCUAUAAUAUGUGUCAGAGCUGUAAUUCGCAUCAAAAGAUUACAUACCACUCCUGAGACGUUGUCUGCAAAUGUAGCACGUACCGAUCCUUACAGGAUUAAACUUUUGCGAAAGGUUAUCGACGGUUGUGCGUUCAGAGUUUACGGUCAUUGGGUAAAGAAAGGUGAGGGCCAGAACAGAGCAGCGCUUUUUGAAAAUACACCAAAGACCGAAUUAAAACAUCUCUACGUGACGAACCUGAGCAGAUAGCCGCCACUUGCAUUGAUCAAUGCUUAGUUCAAUUUUUCUAAUUAAUAAACCCAAUGAAGCGUUGUCAUAAUAUCAAUCUGUUACUCAACUUAACACCGAUAUCUAGUAAUCCAAAAUUUAGUGCAACUUGAUUCAGGUACGAUUCGAGUAAGCUCUGACUUCUCUGAUCCCAAAUCACGAGAGAGCUGCUGACAUUUAGUUUGAUAACUGUAAAAAUUCAAUUAAACCGCUUUUUUACGAUAUAGAUUUAGAACAUUGCGAUUGCCGACUUGUGUUAGAACAAUGGAUUCGACGUGACAAAUAUUUUCGAGUAUCCAGCUUACGAUCCUCAUGUAGAUAUCACCAGUUCUGGCGCUGGAAACAAAUUUCGUCCCAUUGAAAACGACGGUAUCAACAUUGAGGAUAUUUUAUCGUUCUAUUUGCAAUUUACCAUUCAUUUUCAAAACUUAAAUUUCGUGUUACUAGCUCGGUCUGGAACGUAUGCAAGUUCACCGUACGAGUAAAGCUGGUUGCCAUAAAGUUUCUAAUACUCGCUGAUAUGGUAUAAAUGAUUAUUUAUUUUCUCACCAAAGCACAAUGUCGAAACAUGUGAAGUAUUAGUUUGUAACAAUAAUGAAAUUUCCUCAAUGUUAAAUGAGGAAUGAAUCUAUCCAAUGUAGAUUAUGAAAACAAAAUCUAGUCAGAUUCUAUCUGUAAUUCACGAAUUUUUCUCUGAUCUUUUGGGAGGAAUUCCCGGUGCUCUAAGUUAGUUAAUAUCCGAAUAUAACUGUUGCAAUCUUUCGCAUAAUUUUCUUACCGUAUAAAAACUCUGUCGCAGUUAUCUUACGACUAGAAGGGAGCAGUUGCGUGCCAACGUUCUAGUGGUACCCUGUAAGAGUAGUUUCAUAAUACGGAUCCAUAUCGAGAAUUGAACAAUUUCUUGGCAGGUAACAACACCGUUGAAUCUAGUAAAACCUACCGAUAACGUUUCUAGUGAUAUAAACCUAUACAAGCGAAUACCUAUUUAUGAUUGAAUCCUAUGUAGGCAUGUAUAGUUUACCGACUGGUAAAUUUCUUUAGUGACAAAAGUUUACCACAAUUCUUUUAGCCUGUUGUUAUUUAUUUAUAAAAGGUAUACGAAUACAGUAUCGACUAGAGUUGUAGAUCGAUAUUCUUUCACUUGUGUCGAUAGAUAUAAUAUAUUUUUUCAGACAAAAUUUUCCUAUACGUACACGUCAAUCUGUUGAAUGUUGUAUAAAUUACGUAGCGAUAAGAUUCAGUACACCAUAAGCAAUAUACGUCAGUGUUUUAAACACAA